GCGUCUUAUACGGGCAUAGUAUAUAUCUGAAUAUCAAUCAGAGAAUUACUAUUACGAUACGACAGCACAAUUGUUGCGCUCGACGUAUCCAGCAGUAUCGCAAGGAUCACCGACGAAGAAACAACAUCUCGCAACCGGCCCACGCUCACUAUAAUAUGCGAUAACGAAUGAAUUAGAUUAUAUCUUUUCAUGCGCGACUAGGGCCAGUAAGGCUAUAGACGCCUAUUCUACACUCUGUAUACACAAAACCCAGCCAGCGAGGAUGUUCCUGGCUACACGGUCCUUGGCAGUGACGGACAUCUGCACGGCGCGAUCAACCCUUGUACAAAAGAUUUCGAAUUCCUGCAUUCGCGACCAUGCGCUUCGUCACACACGACCGCUCCGACUGGACCGAGCGUUUUCUUCUUUUUCUUCAUCGUCGUCACAUUCAUCAUCUCGAAUAUCCUACCGAGUCGCUGGAUCCUGCUCGGCCAAGGGCCGCCGAUUCCAUCCCGAAAAACAUACAUACAACUUCGAACCUACGUUACACGACGCGAUUGGCGUAUCGCUCGAUAAUAUUAGCGAAGAGCAAGGCCUCUCUCGCAAAAACAGACCGGCAAGUGGUGAAGAUGCAUUUUUCGCAAGUCGAAUUGGUACAGUAGAUACUGGCGCCGUCGCGUUUGCGGUUGCGGAUGGAGUGGGAGGAUGGGCUGAACACAAGAUUGAUCCUGCGGAUGUUUCGCAUGGGUUAUGCACGUAUAUGGCACAGCAUGCGUUGACGGAAGAGUUAAGUCGGGGAAAGUUACGGCCAAAGGAGUUAUUGCAGAAGGGGUAUGAGUCUGUAGUGGCUGAUGAGAGUAUCACUGCGGGCGGAACUACGGCGUCGGUUGGGGUUGCGCUGACAGAUGGGAGUGUUGAGUUGGCGAACCUUGGAGAUUCAGGGUCUGUACUCUUUCGACUCGGUGCUGUGCACCAGUACUCCGCGCCGCAAACCCAUGCAUUUAAUACACCAUAUCAAUUGAAUAUCAUACCGCAAAGAAUGCGGGAUCAAGCACACAUGUUUGGUGGUGUAUAUUUUGAAGAUUCGCCGCGUGAUGCCGCCGUAUCUACACUGUCCAUGCAGCAUGGCGACGUUCUCAUCCUAGCCACAGACGGCGUGUUUGAUAACCUCAAUAAUCAAGAUAUUUUGAAAAUUGUGACGGGGCGAAUGCUGGCCACAGGCGCAUGGACAGAAGAUCCCAAAAAUGCUGCUAUCUGUCCAUCAACGAAAUUGCAUGCAUUGUCCCAAGCUGGCGGAUUACACAGAUUUUCUUCCAAAUCAUCAUCUUCUCCAUCUUCCUCGUCUUCCUCUUCUUCCUCAUCCUCCCAAUUACCACCCCCUCCCGCCCCACACUUCAAAAACCAUCACACCCUCCAAGCCCUAAUAGCAGCGUCAAUAGUCGGAGAAGCAAAACUAGCCAGCGUCGAUAUGCGACGAGACGGGCCAUUUGCAAAGGAAGCUCAACGAUAUUAUCCCGGUCAUUGGUACCGGGGGGGCAAAGUGGAUGAUAUCAGUGUACUUGUGAUUAUUGGUAUAGAGAAGACUGAUUGAUUUUCAUGUCGGUCACU